AUGGAAAAUAUUGCUAAAAAUGGUAUAAAUGUAAAUGGAAAAGUAAUUACUGUUAUCCUCAAUACAAUAAUCUGUGAUGCCCCGGCAAAGGCUUACAUAACUUGUACAAAAUAUCAUACUGGAUAUUUUGGAUGCGGUAAAUGCACUCAGGAAGACGAAUGGAAUGGUACAGUGAUAUUUCCUGAAAUUGAUAGUCCUUUGAGAACAGAUGAAUCAUUCAUUACUAUGAAACAAGAAGAGCAUCACAAUGGAGAGUCCAUUUUAACACAGUUAAAAAUUGGUAUGGUUUCUAAUGUAACAAUAGACUAUAUGCAUUUAGUAUGUCUAGGCGUAAUGAAACGUCUCCUUCAAUUAUGGACUAAAGGUUCGAAGGAUCAUAAGUUACCAAAAAUUCACUUGAUGUAUUGA